GGCUGCGGCUGGGGUGUGCAGGGACCGCCCCUCUGCGAUCCAGGGCAGCCCGUAGCUGCAGCUCAGGGUCCCUGGUCCAGCACGCACGGCCCGUGUCUGCCCUCCCACGGGCCGUGGCCCCAGCCUGCCCUGGGAGGUUUUCCAGGAAGAGGCGGCAUGCUUUCCUCCGAGGGCCAGGCGGGGCGGGAAGGUCUCUGCAGACCCUUGACUGGGAGGAGAGCAGCGGCCCCUAACAGGCCCUCCUUACUGUGUGAACCGCCAGGGCCCCUCGCCUCCCCUGCGGGCUUCCCGCCCUCACCUCCCGGCUCCCUCAUCUCCCAACUCCUCACCUGUCACGUUCUUACCCCCAGGUGGCAGGCGUGCACACCCUUCAGGUCGUGGCAAAGAUGGCAACCCUGAGGGACGAUCAAGAGUGCCCUCCUGCUUUGUCCCCUGCCCUCUUGUCAGCGAGGACCCCUGGGGCCCAGAACGGAGUGGCAGAGCUCCACCUCCAGGGGCAAAGCCAUGUCCCCAGGAGCUCUGCCCCACAGCUGGAGAGUACGGGCCACACCAGCAGUUUCAGCCUCUCCAUGCAGCCAAAAAGCAGGGCCCUGGCUUGGAGGACUGCAGACGAGGUUGGCCGUAAGGAGCAGGCUGUGGAAACUGGCCUGGCCACGGGCAGGUUGCAGGGCAGCCCUCUGGGCGUAGAAGCUGGGACAGGACCCGCCAGCUGCAGCCCCGAGGUGCUCCCUCAGAAGGACUCCAAUCUCCAGGACAUAGAGGAAGUUGAGGUCAGCAGAGGUACUUUCUGGCCUGAUUCUGAAUCAGAACCUGAGCAGGCUCCAUCCUCUCCCAACCCGCGCGUUCCCAAGGACAGGAUGGACAGGGAUGGGGGGGCGCCGAGGAGCCUCCCCCACAGGCCCAAGUGUGGGGGCAGCUUUGGGCAGGAGUCCAGUUCCGAGCACCCAGCCGCCCAGACACCAGGGGCCACACCCUGUGCCCAGAAGCGGGGCACCUGGCACAUGACACUUGUGCCGGAGGGGGACCGCGAGCGGGCUGUGGAGCUGGGGGGCAGCUUGGGCCCAGGCACCCGGCCGGGGGGCUCCCCGGCGCACCGCUGCGAGGCCUGCGGCAAGAGCUUCAAGUACAACUCGCUGCUGCUGAAACACCGGCGCGUGCACACGGGUGAGAAGCCCUACGCCUGCCCCGAGUGCGGCAAGCGCUUCCGCGGCUGGUCAGGCUUCGUCCAGCACCGGCGCGUGCACACGGGCGAGAAGCCCUACGAGUGCGGCGAGUGCGGCCGCGCCUUCAGCCACAGCUCGCACUUUACGCAGCACCUGCGCAUCCACAACGGCGAGAAGCCCUACAAGUGCGGCGAGUGCGGCCAGGCCUUCAGCCAGAGCUCCAACCUGGUGCGCCACCAGCGGCUGCACACGGGUGAGAGGCCCUACGCCUGCAGCCAGUGCGGCAAGGCCUUCAUCUGGAGCUCCGUGCUCAUCGAGCACCAGCGCAUCCACACGGGCGAGAAGCCCUAUGAGUGCGCCGACUGCGGCAAGGCCUUCCGUGGCCGCUCACACUUCUUCCGGCACCUGCGGACCCACACGGGCGAGAAACCGUUCGCCUGCAGCACCUGCGGCAAGGCCUUCGGCCAGAGCUCCCAGCUUAUCCAGCACCAGAGGGUACACUGUGGGGGGAAGCCCUACGCGUGCAGCGACUGUGGGAAGGCCUUCAUGCACAGCUCGCACGUCGUCCGCCACCAGAGGAGCCACCACAGCAAGAGGCCCUACACCUGCCAGGAGUGCAGCAAGGUCUUCAGCCAGAGCUAACUCAGCCGGCACCAGCGCGCCCACACCGGGGAGAAGCCCUUCGCCUGUGCCGACUGCGGCAAGGCCUUUGCACACAGCUCCACCGUGGUCUGGCACCAGAGAACGCACCACGGAGACAGCCCCUAUGAGUGCGCGGAGUGUGGGAAGGCUUUCAGCCAGAGCUCCAACCUCAGCCAGCACCAGCGGGUGCACACGGGCGAGCGGCCCUAUGCCAGGACUGCGGGCACAACUCAGCCGCAGCUCCUUCCUCCGCUAGCACCGCAGGAUCCACACAACCGGCACCAAGCCCGACCUGCCCUCCCCAGAGCCUCUGUAUGUGGCUACACGGCCCGCACUAGCGACAGCCGGGCUGGGAGGAGGCAGGGCCACUGGCCUCUGAAGACGGCAGGGAUGUGCUGUGGGCCUGAGUAG